CGCUGGUGGCUGCAUAAGAAAGACGAACACCUUAAACCUCUCCUCUCCUCUCCUCUCCUCUCUUAGCACUCUUUUUCUCUAUUGCCUCCGUCUUCUACGUUCCGCAUAAGUAUACUAAGCUCAAUCACCACCUCACCUCGCAAUAACACUAAGAUCUAAGCAACACUAAUUUCUUCAUUCCUUUCUCAUUUUCUUCUUCUCUUUGAAUUCGUUCCACAAUGGCAUCCAGAGCGGUUCUGAGAAGAAGGACGAGUUUCAUUCAUCGAUACCUCAGCAACACUAAUCACUCUCUUGCACGUGCGAUUCCUAACGCUUCUCCUCACAUGCACGCAACGACGCCGUGCAGAUUCGCCAGGUCCUCUCCUCGGGAUGCUUUUUCGGGAUUCAAUGCGCCGAUAGGUGUCAGGUGGCUCUCGCAGUCCGCUUCGGCUAAGCAAGCCGAGCCGGAGCAAGACGACGAUAUGGUUGCGAAGAAGCGGAGAGAGGCGUCUCCCGAGGAGUGCGAUCAAGCCGUUGAAGGCUUGACCACCGCCAAAGCCAAAGCAAUGGCUAAACGCUCGCAGGAAUCUCAGAAAGGCGUGCAAACCGUUUUGCAGAGAGUGUGGGCCGCGUUUCUUGGAAUCGGUCCUGCCUUGAGAGCCGUAGCAUCUAUGAGUAGGGAGGACUGGGCCAAGAAACUGGUUCAUUGGAAAGGGGAAUUUGUGUCGACAUUGCAGCAUUAUUGGUUGGGCUUUAAGCUGCUGUGGGCUGAUGUGAGAAUCAGUUCCAGGUUGUUGUUGAAGCUUGCUGGUGGGAAGAGUCUCUCCAGGAGGGAGAGACAGCAACUGACGCGAACUACUGCUGACAUAUUUAGGCUAGUUCCUUUUGCGGUUUUCAUUAUUGUUCCCUUUAUGGAAUUCCUCCUGCCUGUGUUUCUCAAGUUAUUCCCCAACAUGUUGCCGUCAACGUUUCAAGACAAGAUGAAAGAACAGGAAGCAUUGAAAAGGAGACUCAAGGCAAGAAUAGAGUAUGCAAGGUUCCUCCAGGAUACAGUCAAAGAAAUGGCAAAAGAAGUUCAGAACUCCCGUAGUGGAGAACUAAAGAAAACUGCCGAAGAUCUUGAUGAAUUUUUAAACAUGAUUAGAAGAGGUUCACGUGUUUCUAAUGAGGAAAUUUUGGGCUUUGCUAAGUUGUUUAAUGAUGAACUCACUCUAGAUAAUAUAAGCAGGCCACGAUUAGUCAGUAUGUGCAAGUACAUGGGAAUCAGCCAGUUUGGCACUGAUGCUUACUUGCGUUAUAUGCUAAGAAAGCGUUUACAGAGGAUUAAGGAAGAUGAUAAAUUGAUUCAAUCAGAAGGUGUAGAUUCUCUUUCAGAAGCUGAACUUCGGGAAGAUUGUAGAGAGCGAGGGAUGCUUGGUUUGUUUUCUGUUGAGGAAAUGCGCCAACAGCUUCGAGAUUGGCUGGACUUGUCUCUGAACCACUCUGUGCCCUCAUCUCUUUUGAUACUUUCAAGGACAUUUACUGUAUCUGGAAGAUUGAAACCAGAAGAAGCUGUACAGGCUACAAUUUCUUCUCUCCCCGAUGAGGUUGUAGAUACUGUACAGGUUACAUCCUUAGCCUCAGAGGAUUCUGUCUCAGAGAGGAGGAGGAAAUUGGAGUUCCUUGAAAUGCAGGAAGAACUUAUUAAGGAGGAGGAAGAGAGAGAGGAGGUGGAGCAAGCAAGAAUGGAGAGUAAUUCUAAUCAAGAUGAUAGGGCCCUGAAAGAAAUGAAUAUUUCAACGGCAAAAGAAGCCCAUCAGCUUGCUAGAGCCAGAGCAUUGGAAAACAAAGAGCAGCUCUGUGAACUUAGUCGUGCAUUAGCUGUUUUAGCUUCUGCAUCGUCUGUAAGUACAGAGCGUGAAGAUUUUCUCAGGCUGGUUAAUAAAGAGAUAGAACUCUAUAACAGCUUGGUAGAGAAAGAGGGUUCAAAUGGUGAAAAGGAUGCCUUUAAGGCAUAUAAAGCCGCCCGAGAGGAACAUGAGCAUGCUACUGAGUCAGGUGAAGGGGAUAAAGUGUCAUCAGCACUCAUUGAGAGAGUUGAUGUUAUGCUUCAAAAUCUUGAGAAGGAAAUAGAUGAUGUGGAUGCCAAAAUUGGUGACCGUUGGAGGCUGCUGGACAGAGAUUAUGAUGGGAAAGUAACUCCUGAGGAGGUAGCCUCUGCUGCAAUGUACUUAAAGGAUACAUUGGGCAAGGAGGGUAUCCAAGAACUCAUCAGCAAUCUUUCAAAAGAUAGAGAUGGGAAAAUACUUGUUGAGGACAUUGUAAAAUUGGGCAGUUGGAGAGAAGAUGGCAAUGCACCUGAAGAUGGGACGGAGAGGGUGUGAUCCGUCAUUUGACUUCUAAAUACAUCUUGUUUGCGUUUGAUGCCAUAAAAAAUGUUGCGCAACUAUACUUUAGGCCAUUGGGAUCUUUUUAGUCAUUGAUUUUGCAUUCAUGUAUUAAUAAGUAGUUCAGUUGUAGCAGUUAGAUUAAAAUGAAGAGUGUGCAAGCUCUGUAAAUUUUUUAUAGUUGAUCACACGAAUAUACUUACAUAUACACGAUACAACACUUAAGCUUUGCUGAUUAUUGGGAUACAAUAACUGUACGAAAAUUGAAAGUUAAUCUCGUGAAAUAUAAGUGAAACAAAAUAUUAUUU